AUGAUAAUUAAAAAAAAUAUUGGUGGAACUACAAUUUGGAAUUUUGAAACUGAUAAUUUAGAAAUUGAAUUUAAUUUGAUACCCAAAGAGAAAUCUUUGGAAUCCAGUAUCUUUGUUAACGGAUAUGGCCCAUUUCAACACUCUGUUAAAGACUAUGUAACAAGUUUUACUGUUGGUAAUGACGACUAUAAAAUUGUAUUACCUAAUAUUACAAAAGGACAAAACCAUAGACAUUUAUAUAGAAACAAUAUCGAUGUAAUGAAUGGCCAAAAGUUUUCUUUUAAAAAGAGUAUUCACAAAACAAAAUGGAGAAUGGUAUACAUAUCAUGUAUUGUUGGCGCUGGUUUAGCAUAUUACAUUUAUAAAUCUAAAAAAAUUAAUAAAUGUAAAAAUGCAAAGUUUAAAAUUAAUAAAGAAAAAGAAUUUAGCGAAUCUAGAAAUGAUAUUAGUUACCACAACAAUUUAUUAAACAGAGGAAUAGAGCUAAAGAAACAAGUUAGUAUGGAAAGUAUUAGAUCUGAUAUCGCCACUAUAGCAACAACAACAACAACAAAUAAAGAUGAAAUCAAAACUGAUAAUAAUAGUACCAGUGUAAACAACAAUAUCGAAUCAAAUAGCACAAUCAGCGAAAUAAAUAAUAAUGAAACAACUACUGAUGAUAAUAAUAAUAAUAAUCAAACCACAAAUAAUGAAAACACAAAUAAUGAAGCUACAAAUAAUGAAACCAUAAAUAAAGAAAUAACAGUUAAUGAAAUAAUUACAAAUAUUGAAACUAAUGAAUCAAUAUCUACAACAGCAACCACAAUAAAAGAAAAUGAAAUGGAAGAAAAUAAUGAAUCUAAAAAUAGUGAAGUAAUUCCCGAAGCUAAUAUUAGUACUACCGAUAAAAAUGAAGCCCAUGUUGAUGAAAGUGUUUCUACAACUUUUGAAAAGCCUCUAGAAAGUGAAAUUAAAAAUGAAGACGGUCACGAUGCUAAACUAAGUGAAGAGGCAAAUCAAGCUAAAGAUAACCUCUUACCAUUAGAGCCAAAUAAAGAGCAGGAAGAAGGGGAAGCUAUUAAUGAAACAUUAUCACAAACCGUUUCUGUGGUAUUAGAAGUUAAACAAGUAAAAGAAGAAAAUGUUUUAAAUAGUAUCACUACAAGUAACGAUUCAGAUACAAUCACCAACAAUAAUGACUCCUAA